AUGGAGAGCUUUCACCGCUUCUCCCCGCCGCCCUGCCCAGACCUGUGGGAGACAUCGCCGCCCCGCGGAGAGCACACCUCCUCUGCGCGGCUGAGCGCGGCCCGGGCGCAGACGGACCCGCGCCUGUACUCCUGGGGCGGGACUGCCCGCGAGGGGAGGGAGGCGGCAGCGCACUGGCAGCCCCAAUGCAGCCCACCCACACCGUGGACUCGGGGACACCGAUACCACGACCCGCCACGGGAAAGCCACAGCCUGAGCGACCUGGCCCGGAGGCCCCAGCCGCGCGCCAGGAAACACAGGUCCCACUGCCGGCACCUGGACAAUGCCGGCCGGCAGACAAAGACCAAGCCUCGGUCCCGGGAGGGCAGCCAGCACAUCCUCGCGUGGCAGGAGCAACCCCAGCAACCUCUCUACCAGCACUUCCCUCCAGCCCUGGGGGAUUCACCCCCACCUUACCCUGAGGGGACCUACACUCCCCUGAGUGGCACUUUGGGGAUGGAAAAGGCGCAAAGUGGCGAUCAGUGGGCUGUGCGGGUCUGCAGAGCACAGGGUGGCGGGUCCUUUUCCUCCGUCCCCACGGAGAAGUCCCAAGAGUUCAGAACUCCCUCCGCUUGCGAGUACACCCAGAAAAGAGAGAUCAGUGACCUGGUGGAGUCAUUAGCCAGCCAGUACUCCCAGCCUUCGGUCUCCAGCAAGGAAAUGCAGAGCCAAAUCCUCAAGAACAAGCUGGAGGAGGUGGUACUGUCCUCCAGGGACCAGAAAAUUGUGGCCCUGGUGCUGACUCGGCUCAAGAAGGCCCAAAGGAUGCGGGAGCUGCAGCAGCAGGCGGCUGAAGCCUGGGAGGAGCUGAAACAAUCGGACCAGAAGGUCCAGAUGACUCUGGAGAAGGAAAGGAAGCUGCUGCUGCAGGAGAGCCAGGAGCAGUGGCAGCAGGUGGAGCAACACAAGACACAGUGCAGCAGGGAGCAGCAGCGUGUCCGCAGGCGGGACAGCCGGACCAAGAACGCCAUGCACCAGAAUCCGUGGAAGGCGCACCUGGAGGACCAGCAGAAACAGCGCCAGAAGACGUCGGAGAGCGUCCGAGCUGUGGACCAAGCCGAGCACCGGAAGCAGUGCAAAGCGCUGCGUGUGCAAGAGCAGGAGAGGACGCUGCAGGACCUGCAGGAGUAUGACAGCCUGCAGCUGCAGAAGAGGCUGGAGCAGGCUGGUCACAGGAAGCAGCUGCACACGAUGGAGAGCCAGACGAAGGUCCAUGAAGCUAACCUUAGCUCCCUAGUCAAUUACCAGGCCCGAAAGGUUCUGAUGGACUGCCAGGUCAAGGCGGAGGAACUCCUCAGGAAGCUGUCCCUCGAGCAGAGUUCGCAGUGUUCCCAAGAGGUCCACCAGAGCCUGAUGAAGGAGCGUCACCGAGAACGAAGGAACAAGGCCCGGAGAGAAGAGGAACAGUUCCAGCAGGUCAGGUCCCGCGCGGAAGAGUUGGAGGAACAAAAGAAGAUGCACAGGCAGUUUCUGGCGCAGCUGGCAGACCAGAAGAUCAGGCAGGCCAGGAGAAACGCCCACAAGAACCUCGGGGACAAGGUGCAGCACCUUCGGGAGCUGAACACCCUGCGGGAGAAGAACCAUCACAUCCUGAAGCUGAAAGCCGAGAAAGAGGAAAAGUGUCAUAUCGAGGGCAUCAAAGAAGCCAUUCGGAAAAAGGAGCAGAGGAUGGAGCAAAUAUCGCGGGAGAAAGAUGCCUGCUUCCAGGACCUCCAUGAGAUGUCCCGGGCCUCCAGGAGAGACCACCGGAGAGCGGUCCCCACAAGCUACUUUGCUGGUCCAGGGCUGGAGACCCAGCAGAGAGGAGACUACUGA